AGAGGAAGUGGAAGAGAGAGAGACCUAGGAGGUGCAGCAGAAGUUGUGUGAUUGUAUCAGUGUGUCCCAAAGCAACAGUACUCUGAGGCUGAAGCAGAGCAGCAGGUUCUAUCAUCUGUCAGGCAACAGUCUGCAGGUUACGAUAUGGAUCUAGAGGAGUUUGACAACGUGACUCUGAGGUACAACGUCACCAACUGUCCAUCUAUCGAUGAAUUCCGUAACCAGGUGUACUCUACGGUGUACUCUAUCAUCACCGUGUUCGGCCUGGCCGGUAAUGGGUUCGCCUUGUUGGUUCUGGUUAAAACGUUCCGUCAGCGUUCUGCGUUCCACAUCUACAUGUUGAACCUGGCCGUGUCCGACCUGCUGUGUGUCUCCACGCUGCCCCUACGGGUCCUCUACUACGUUAAUAAGGGUCAUUGGAACCUGGGAGACUUCCUGUGCAGACUUUCGUCCUAUGCCCUCUACGUGAACCUCUACUGCAGCGUGUUCUUCAUGACUGCCAUGUCCGUCACACGCUUCCUCGCCAUCGUGUUCCCCGUGCAGAACCUGCGCCUGGUCUCAGAGCGUCGUGCCCGUCUGGUGUGUGUCUGUAUCUGGGUGUUCAUCUGCACUGUCUCCUCCCCCUUCCUCAUGACUGGUCAACACCUCCACCCAGCCACCAAUAAGACCAAGUGCUUCGAGCCUCCAGAGCGCAGAACAGGGGGCGGGCUUAAGAAGCUCAUCAUGCUCAACUACUUAUCAUUGGCUGUGGGCUUCGUCCUUCCCUUCCUGGUCAUCCUGCUGUGCUACGUCGGGAUCAUUCGGGCCCUGCUGUCACGGCAACAUACUGCACAGCGCCAGAAGGGGGCAGGGUCUAAGGCUAUCCGAAUGAUCGUCAUUGUGAUGCUGGCGUUCCUGCUGUGCUUCAUGCCGUACCACAUCCAGCGCUCCGUCCACCUCAGCUUCCUGUCCCAGACUGCCACUUCCUGUUCAGAGCUGGUGUACAUGCAGAAGAGUGUGGUGGUGACACUCUGUCUGGCUGCCUCCAACUCCUGUUUCGACCCCCUGCUCUACUUCUUCUCUGGAGAGGGCUUCAGACGACGCCUGUCAAGCUUCAGGUCCACUAUCAGGACACAGAGACAACCGCAGAGACAGGGGGCACAGCCACCGCUGGGGAGGGGAACAAAGAGAGAGAGAGAACCGGUCCUACCCAGCACAGCAGAGACAAAGGGCACAGCCACCCCUGGGGAGGGGAACAAGCUAUAGGGGAGAAAGAAAGAGAGUUAAUCUGUCCAGUGUCUGUGUUCUUUUGCCCAUCUUAAUAUUUUAUUUUUAUUGGCCAGUCUGAGAUAUGGCUUUUUCUUUGCAACUCUGCCUAGAAGGCCAGCA